UUCACGUGGUUCUUGUACCGACAAGUUUAUCUUUCCAAGUCUGGUUCUUCCCAAGGCAAAAAAAAAAUGGCAUCUCCAAUCUCCUUGUACCUUCUCCUCCUGAUCCUCCUCUCUCAAACCCAUCUCUCCUUUUCCACCGCCGAUCCGGCAACCAGUCACGGCUCAACCUCAGAUGUCCACGAUCUGCUCCCGUCGUACAAUCUUCCAAAGGGCAUCAUUCCCGGCAACGUCAAGUCCUACACCCUCUCCUCCACCGGAGACUUCACGAUAGAGCUGGAAAGCACCUGUUAUGUUCACUUUGACGACCUGGUUUACUACGACAAGACCAUCACGGGGAGGCUGAGUUACGGGGCUGUUCACGAUGUGUCUGGGAUUCAGGCAAAGAUGUUCUUUUUUUGGUUGCCUGUUACUGGGAUUGAGGUCGAUGGGAAAUCUGGUAUGGUUCAGUUCUUCGUUGGAGCUCUGUCUAAGACUUUGCCUGCCCAACAGUUCCAAGAUAUUCCUGUUUGCAAGAGUAAGCCUCUCCCGUGGGCUGACCUAAUUGGUUCUGCGUGAAUUCGGGCUGUUCUUUGUGAAGUGAAGCUCUCUUCUUGGGCUUCCAUUUUGCAGGAUCAAUUGCUUAUGCUGUCGCAGGUGGGGAAUUUAAGACUUCUGGUUUGCUCAGUAAUUUCAUUGAAGCUCUCUUAUUAAGACUUUGUGGUUCUUAAAACUGUAUGUUUGUUUCCAUCAAAAUAAAUGAUUGAUCGGACAAGUUGUGGAAUUUGAUUUCUACAUGAUACGAUGACGGAAAAUUUCUAUGAUAAUGGAUUCUACAUCUUAUUCACAGCCA